AGUAUUAUAUUUGUGUCAACGUACAGAAAUUUAAGCAUGCGGUAAAUAGAAAAAAAUAUAAAUUUAAAUAGAAAAUGGGUCGAAAUCAUGGAAAACAUUUUGGAAAUAAUCAUCAUCGUAAGCGGCCAUAUCAAUCCACACAAAAUAAUACAACAAGACCGGCGAGACAGAAUGUCAUCUACUCGUCGCUGAAAGAAAAUGAAAUUGGCAUAACCGAAUACACAACGACCACAAAUGGAUUCACUGGAAUCAUUAAACAAAGAAUUUCAGAUUUUCAUGUCCAUGAAAUUGGAUUCGAUGGUAAACUGUGUGAACUAGAGAAUUUUUCGAUACCCCAACCACCCAAAAAUGAAAAUGCAUCCAAUGAAUCAGAGAAAGCGGAUCUCAUUCGUCUGAUAACACAGGAAAAAUUUGAUGCAAUUUUGGCCAUCGAAAAAGCCGAUAAACAAUGCAAUGACGAAGUUUUGAUCGAUGCAACUUCAAUGGAGAAAACUGAACGAACACAAAUUCAUCAAUUGAUCAAAGGAAACUUUUCAUCCGUAAAUAGCACUACAUUCGAUAAAGACGAUCGGAAAUUUAUAAAAUGCACAAAACUGAAUAGAAAACAUGAUCGCAGACGUCAAUGGGUUUGGCCACAUGAAUACACGUACUUUUUAUUGCACAAAGAUAAUAUUGAUACAAUGCAAGCGGUCUCAAGUUUGGCUUCAUUUUUGGGCAUUAGCAAGGCAUCGGCCAUCACAUAUGCCGGCACAAAAGAUAAACGAGGCCGAACCACACAGUGGGCAUGCGUUCGACAACGAGAACCAUCAAUGAUUGUGGCAGCCGCACAAAAAGCACGACAUAUGUAUGUGGGCGGUUUUACUUUUAGAGAUGAACCUCUGAAAUUGGGUAUGCUUCAAGGAAAUCGUUUUCGUAUUGCUCUGCGUCAAGUGACUGCUGCCGACGACGAUGUGAUUGAAGCCUUGAAAACUUUCAAAGAAAAAGGCUUUAUAAAUUAUUAUGGUCACCAGCGAUUUGGAAAUCAUUCUGAGGUGCCAACGCAUAAAAUUGGUUUAUAUUUGGUGCAAGGAAACUUUAAAGAAGCUUGUGAGUGCAUUUUAAAACCACGCGCAAAUGACGUACCCGAUAUGCAUGCGGUUCGUCAGCUAUGGUGGAAGAAACGAAAUGCCAAAGAGGCAUUAGAAUUAUUAAAACGUCAUGAUCGAAGCGGAAGAAGUAUUGAAUACAAACUUCUAUCGGGUUUUGUCAAAAAUGGUCCGAACGAUUAUGUAAAUUCGCUUGAAAGUAUUCCACGCAACGCACGUCUCAUGUAUAUUCAUGCAUAUCAAAGUUUGAUAUGGAAUGAAAUGGUAUCGCGUCGAAUAGCGACAUACGGUUUGCAGUUGUGUGAAGGCGAUUUGGUGUUUGUUGACAAAAAUGAUGCAGACAAUGAAAUCAUUGAUGUGGAUGUUGAUGACGAUGACUCUAAGGACGAUAAAAAGGAAGAAAUAACCGACACUGAGAGUGUACAGGAAAAUACAAAUGUGUCUCGUUUCCAAGCGAUGGUAAAACCAUUGACAAAAAUCGACAUCGAUUCAAAUAAAUACAACAUAUUUGAUGUGGUUUUACCAUUGCCGGGAUAUGACAUUACCUAUCCGUCAAACGAUUGCUCACAAUGGUACGAAGAACGAUUAAAACAAGAUGAUCUAUCCUCCGAAAAAUUGAAACGCAAACAAAAAGGCUACUCUUUAACUGGUGCAUAUCGUAAGGCAUUCAUCAAACUGGUUGAUUUGAAUUGGUAUUUUAUGAAUUACGACACUGAAACAGAUGUGCUAAUUCAAUCCGAUGUGGAGAAAAUCCGUGGUGAAGCCGAGCCAAAGAGUAUGGAAAACGGCAAACAAAAAGCAUUAAUUCUAACAUUUACACUGCCUUCAUCAUCUUAUGCGACAAUGGCUUUGCGAGAAAUUAUGAAAUGUGACACAUCCGUUGCAAAUCAAGUGCAAUUACAACAAGCAACUGUGGCCAUUGAACAAACACCUGUUGGAGACAAAAGCCAAGAUGAAUGUAAUAUUGAGACUAAACAACCAAAACUCGAUGUUGCUAGUCAAUAAACAAAAUUUUUAACAUUUUUAGUACAUUCUAACGUUGAAAAUGAUUGAAAUGUCGCAAACAAAAACGAAUUUGUUUAAAAAGGAAGAAUCUUGAAGAUAAUGAAUAAAAAUUAAAUAAAGUAAAAAGACGAGAUUAUUGGUUGUCGUUGAUUUAUUUGUUUCCUAAUUUAUGAGAA